AAUUUCUCACGCGCACAAGACCCCACGCUCACAACAAAGCCCUAAUUUCCAAGCACCACCACCACCACCUUCAUCUCUUCUCUUCUCUCUAUAUAUUAUAAUAGUCAUUGACAAAUUUAUAUAAAUAUUUAUUAAUCAAAAUUCAAUGAGCAGUUUUACCCAGAAAACCCUCAUCAAAUUUUGAAGAGAGUGAGAGACGGUGUUGUAUACUGAUCUCCAGCUUCUAAAUUAACUACUUGUUUUCUUCUUCAAAUCUUCCUCUUUCUUUCUUUCUUUCUUUCUGACUCUUCUGAUCUUCUCUUUACGCUUUGUUCUCUCUGUUCAAACUUUUCUAAAUCAUGGCGAACCGGUGGUGGACCGGGCAAGUGGGUCUACCUGGAAUGGACACUUCAGCUACUUCGUCAUCUCCCAUGAAAAAACCAGAUCUGGGUAUCUCUAUGGCCAACAAUAAUGGAGAAAGUGGAAGUGGAGGCGGCGACGAUGAAGAUGAAAGAGAGAACAGUGAUGAGCCUAAAGAGGGAGCUAUCGAAAUCUCCACGCGCCGCCCUAGAGGUCGUCCACCGGGCUCCAAGAACAAACCCAAACCUCCCAUAUUCGUCACGAGAGAUAGUCCUAAUGCACUUAAAAGUCACGUCAUGGAAAUAGCGAACGGCUCUGAUGUUGCUGAAACCCUAGCUAAUUUCGCUAGAAGGAGACAAAGAGGCGUGUGUGUACUCAGUGGAAGCGGCACCGUCACCAAUGUCACCCUCCGCCAGCCAUCCGACCCCGGUGCAGUCAUGGCAAUUCACGGUAGGUUUGAGAUACUAUCCCUAACCGGAGCAUUUUUACCCGGUCCAGCGCCUCCCGGGUCAACUGGGCUGACUAUUUACUUAGCCGGCGGGCAGGGGCAGGUCGUGGGAGGCAGUGUGGUCGGGUCACUGGUGGCGGCAGGCCCUGUGAUGGUGAUCGCAGCGACGUUCUCGAAUGCUACGUAUGAGAGGCUGCCACUCGAGGAGGAGGAAGAAGGAGGCGGUGGCGGGUCGCAGGGGCCACUAGGUGGAGGUGGAGGUGGCGGGAACGGUAGCGGUGGCAGUGGCGGCUUGGGUGAUCCUUCAGGAUUGCCGGUUUAUAAUAAUUUGCCUCCAAACUUGGUGCCUAAUGGAGGGCAGCUGAGCCAUGAAGCUUAUGGUUGGGCUCAUGGGCGGCCACCUUUUGCAUAAUUAGAUGAAAAAAUUAAAGUUUUUAAGAGUUUUAGCUAGCUAGCUUGUGUUGCCAUGUAUGGAGAGACAAAAUUAAGUAAGUAAUUCACAGAUGAAUAAAUUAAUGUAAUUUCAACUCUAUGUUUUUGUAUAUUAAUUUCUCUGCUGUUCUUGUGUUUAAUUA